AUGCCCCCAGUAUAUGUGUGUCACUGCACGUUUCGGGGUUGUGGAAAUGAUCCGAAUGGGGUCACGCUGUCAUGCCGUGUUUACAAGGACCAUCAGGCAAGGGAGGAGAAAUACCAGCAAGGCCUGAACUAUCUGAAGCUUCAAAGAGAAGCUAUAGAGAGACAAGAAGACCGAAUAGCUCUGGAAUUAGACAACAUAUCCCCGAGUGACCCCAUUGCUUUCUUUUCAUCCUUUACCCAAGAAGCCAAAUACAGAGCCGACCAUAAAAAACGUCUGAUAGAUAAUAUCAGCCUAGCGCGCAGAGAUGUCCAGGCCCUACUCAAAGAUAUCACAAGCAUCGGCAAAGCUCCCAUUAAUUAUCCACCGGCUCAUGAGAUUGAGCAUUCCCUUCACCAGUGUUCGGAAAUUCGGAAGUCUGUAGAGCAACCAUCCCGAGUGCUCCAUACGGCACAAACCAGCGCUCUCCGUAAAGAGCCAUCCAUUAUAGCCAUGCGAGAGGCACUGCACACAGACAUCGAUGAACUCGUGUCACUUACGAACGAUAUUGAAAGGUCGUGGAUUGCGGCCUCGGUUGAACGUCAGGAAUACGAACGUUUACGCCAGGGAAAGUCAGACUAUAAUACUGCUCGCAUCGUUGAUGGUGGUCGUGUGUAA